GAGAUGAAUAACGUGUUCGCCGUUUACGGUAUCGAAGUGUCGAGGAGACAUCUCUCACUCACUGCAGACUACAUGACAUUCACUGGCCAAAUCGCUCCUUUCAGUCGUGGCGCUAUGUCUUCAUCAUCAUCGCCGCUGCAAAAGAUGACGUUCGAAACAACGAUGGCGUUUAUGAAGGAAGCACUUUUAUACGGUGAAGAGGACACACUGAGUUCGCCGUCAGCUCGCCUUGUUAUGGGAUCGCUUUCCAGAGGUGGAACCGGUGCGUUCGAUUUACUUGUGACUCCUGAAUACGCUGCAUAG